AUGUAUUCCUCCGACAACAAUCGACAGAGCCAGCGCCAUCGGCCGGAUUUGAAUAUUAAUAUCUCGAGCCCUGUUAGAGAUCGCGAUUCUAUGCCUUCUACGCCGCUGACAAGGUCGAAAACGAAACCACCCGUGUCCAGUCGAGCAUAUCGAGUACCUUCGAACUUGCCACCUUCACGCGACUCGGACGAUUCUUUUCUAGAUAAUGGUUCUGACGAAAUUAGAGGGAACGAACAUGAUCUGCCUGACCUGCCUAGAGGUAGGAAUGUGAGAGAUUCGCACGACUUGUCCUUACCGUCCCGCCAGUUCACGCGCGACUCGCUCGUGACUAAUAUGUUAACAUCUCUUGAUCAAUUCUCCCUGGGACAAAUCAACACGCCUGUGAAUAAUUUGUUUGAUGACGAUGAUCCUCAUAGUCCGCCGAGGGCAGACGAGUACUCAAGGUCUAUGACGGCUAGUUCCCGGCCGGGACGCGUGUGGAACUCUGGUGCUGGACCCGGCCACGGAUACUCGUACAGCUCUGACUUUGAGGGUACUGAUGACGGAUCUAGCAGGAUGUCGGGUCAAUUUUCGAGAGGGCGACGUAGCAACAGCAGUUCAGGCUUUCAGUCUGGCUUGGGUCGGAUCAAUAGUUUGCGAGAACGUAGCCACCCCAACGCAGUUGGCGGGCGGGGGUUGCAUUCGAGAGGAGGUAAGACUAGCAAGAGCAGUAGCACCAACAGCAUCGAUGUCGGUGGUUAUGCCCAAGUCCUAACCACUCAGCGGUGGGCCCACGGUAUCAGUGGGAGGUCAUCAAGUUUUGACUACGGACAAAGGCCAUCUAUAAAUUCUCUUAGUGCUUGGAAGACAGAUUUUUCUAACACGUUCCUUGUUGAUGAUUACGAAGCAGCGCCGACGCCAACGAUACCUAUUGGGCCCCGUCGCCUGAAUAUGCCGUCCAGUCCCGUCGGCCCUCUGCCUAUGCCUCCGCCGGAGCCCGAGUCGAAGACUCCCGAUCGCAAGAAAUCUGCUGCAAGAUCGAGAAGUAGCACUAUGAGAACGACGCAAUCUAAGCACGGUGGUCCGCGUGAGGUGCCGCCCCCGUUACCCUCGGCCGAUCUAGAUGCUGCACCUGCACCACAUAUCGGGUAUGAGAAGUCCAAGGAAGCCCUGCAUGGCGCUCCCAACCCAGCACCGCAAGUGAAGCAGGGUUUUUUCAGUAGGAUAUUUGGCUAUCGGAAUAGCACAAAUGUCCCGGAGGCUAGACCGGCCCAACCUACAUUGACGCCAGCAGAAAGCGCUGAGCAAUCUAACAAGUUACAGCAUAUAGCAUCGCAGACGAACGCCCAACCGACCCCUCCGUCAAGGGAUUCGCAACGACCGUCUAACCCGCCUCAGGUUCUCCAUAAGAAGUCGUCGUUCUUUAGAAGGCGGAAGAAGUCUAUAGCCGAACCUCCAGUACCGCCGCCCCCGGUACCUAUGGAAAUCAGUCGAAUUAAAGAACAAAGCAUUCAACGUGAAGCCAGUCCUGUUAGCAGCUUACGCGAGAUCAUGAGUCCAUUUCUACAAGAGAACAUGUCGUCUGUGCCUAGCGCCCUUUUAUCUCCAGGACCUGAGGUUUCGCCGCGGUUACGAGGUUACGAGUCGCAGGAUGAUGAUGAACACGCUCGUAAGUCUCGAGGCUUUUCUCCUGACUACGAGCCCAGUCCAAAUGCUACUAUCCGGACUGUAAAAUCUACCUCGGCCUUAAGAGGUCAGGACGCUGCUCGUAGACGGUCUCAAAUGGAAAUGGAAAUGUCAAUGCGAGACCUCCCUGAAUUACCUCCUAUGAAAUCAACUGAGGCUCGUGACGCGACAUUCUUCCACGAUAGUAGUGAUGAAGGUGAAAAGCCGCCGCCUAGUGGAACGCGCAAGCAACAACAGCGGCAAAGCAGCAAAUCUUCUCCAAAAAUGGACGAUCCAAAAGGUGGAUUCGAGGAAACCAGAAGCCACGAACAGCAUGACAGCAGAGAUGAAGAUUCUAGACCCACUCCAUCACCCAACUUGCCGCUUCAACAGAACAUCACACCUGAAGAGGAUUGCCAACAAGUUGCUAGCAGCCGCCAGGUUCCUAAGAGGAUGUCUACUUUCCCCGGUUCACUUCACAAGUCCGCCAAUGGCUUACCUAGUGUCAGGGUGGACAGUGUUGAAAGCAGCCCAAAGGUCGUGGGUUCGCCUUUAGAUGAGCCCGAAGUGUCGGUAGGGGAGCCGACAGAGGAUGACCGGCAGAAGGCCCAAAAGAUCUUUGAUGGAAACGAAGAUUUCAUCCAAAAGGAGAAAGCAGCGGCUUGGAUGGGAGAGGAAGGUCUCGUGAGACAAAGAACCCUGAAGGCAUACAUGGAUAUCUAUGACUUCACGAACGAAAGUGUGCUUGCCAGUUUGCGGCAAAUAUGUAGUCGUCUCGUCUUCAGGGCCGAGACACAGCAGGUCGAUCGGAUAUUGGUCGCAUUUUCAAAUCGGUGGUGUGACUGUAACCCCAAUCACGGUUUCAAGACUACUGAUGUAAUACAUACUUUGUGUUAUUCAAUCAUGCUCUUGAACACCGAUCUCCACUUGGCAGACAUCGACCAGAAGAUGACCAAGAGCCAAUUUGUCAAGAACACCAUGACUACUGUUAAGCAUGCGAUAGCUGACUCUAUUCCUGAAGCGUUUGACCGGGCUAGCAUCUUGCCCGGCAAGAAUAGUUCACUGAAUCCCUUCGAUCCAGACAUUGGGACUGCUUUUGAACCGGAACCAGAGCGACCCAGCUGGAGAUCAUCAUUCAUGCCGCUACCACGAUCAGAGUCGUCGAUGGGUAACUACUCAGACGGUCCGGUUGACACGUGCGGACCGCUCGUAAAGACUCCAUUUGAAGGUUCUAUGAAGGCAUGGGUCCAGCAGAUGGAGCUUGUAUUAAAAGAUAUAUAUAUUUCAAUUCGGGAUGAAAGACUCCCUCUCUUUGGAGCUGAGCCGGGUCAAUCACAGAGCCAAGCGCAAGGUAGCCUCUCGGUCAUGGGUAUGCUCAAGCGCAGCCCAAGCGUCCUGUCGAAGACACCGUCCGAGGGUCACAUCUCUGUGCGCGGUAGGAUCGUUGACCCGACCCGCAAUCCUGGAAGUAGAUGGAAUUCAAAGAGUCGGUCUAGGCCGAGGUUCCCUGGCAAUGGACUCUCCUCGAGCCGUACGAGUUUCGAAGAUGGAAAUUCAAUCUGGACUCCCACUACCUCAUCUGCUACAUGGAGCCGUUACUCGUUGGGUAGGACCCAAACUUCGAUGUCUAUGGACUCGUUCAGUUCAUACCCGCACGGUGACUACCAUCAAUCAAUUGGAUUUGCUAAUGCUCUGAGUCAAGCUAUAAUACGUGAAGAUGCCCCCCCGGGCACUAGUGGACAAUCCAUCAUGAGCGAGGAGAUGCAGAAUAAUCAACUCCUCGAUGAUGAAUCGCUCGAGCUUGCUGGUUCGCCCUGGGUGAAAGAAGGCCUUCUCGUUCACAAGCACCAUCUAGAUGGCGUAGAUAAGAAAUCUAAAGAGAGGAAUUGGGUCGAGGUUUUUGCUGUCGUCCAAAAGGGAACAAUGAGCCUCUUUUCCUUCUCGACCAAGUCAAUGCGUCAAAAGGCCCGCAUUGGUCGCAAGCCCGCUCCUGGUGCCGUUGUUGGCGGUGGAAACUGGCAGGAGAAUGCUACCAGUGUCGGGUCUUUCUCGCUCCGCCAGACACUCGCAUCCGCCCUCCCCCCGCCCGGUUAUUCUCGCAGCCGGCCAAAUGUUUGGGCCCUCAGCUUGCCCAGCGGCGCUGUCCACCUCUUCCAGGUUGGUACUCCCGAGAUUGGCAAGGAGUUUGUUCUCGCGGUCAACUACUGGAGUGCCCGAUUAAGCACGCACCCGCUAGUUGGCGGUGUUAGCAAUAUGGAAUACGGCUGGAGUGAUGCAAUUAUCAACAACGCCCUUAUAAUAGCCACCAACGAGCCGCCCCCACCUGUGCGCCCAGGUAGCGCAGCAGCAGGUCGUACCAGCAUGCAUAGUCGCCAAGGUAGCCUCCAAAGCAGCAUUCGUUCGUCGUUUGACGUUAGUGGUAGCUCGCGCGCUAAACUACCAGGCGACCGAAUCCAUAUUGCUGAAUGGACCGCCCCGGCACAAUCUCUGCGUCCCAGCAACGCCUCCGAAGAUGAGCAGUUAGAAAUCCUAGAGACUUACGUCAAAUCUAUUGAAGAAGACCUCCAGAGGCACAAUCAACUCAGAUCACCGAUGCUUUUAGCCUUUACACCGCGUGGCCAUAACGCUGGCAAGGCGAUGGCAAACUGGGAGCGGAAGAGCAGUUAUUUGCUGCGUGAGAUCGUUAAGUUUAGGACGUAUGUCGAUUGCUUACAGCAUGCCAAGACGAAGCGUAGGGAAAUCUACGCCGAACGCGACAACGCAAACCGCGCUCUACAUGGCGAGGACCUCAGCGACGAUGACGAUGACGUCCACGAUCCGGAGGGUGCCUUGGCCAUCCAGGUCGAAUAG